AAGGAAUUCAAAUGUGACAAGUGUGACUUUGUGACCAAAAAACAACCAGAAUUCAGAGAACAUUCUAGAAAUCAUUUACAUGGGGAACUGAUAUGUAGUUUUUGUGAUUUCCAAGCUGAAUCGAAAGAAGAAUUUGACUCGCAUGUUCUAAGACAUACAGGAGCACUUCCUUUCUUUUGUUUAAAUUGUGAUGUGAGGUUUAAGAACAAAGCCCAACUGAAUGCUCAUUUGCCUAAACAUUCUGUUGUGAAACCCUUUGUGUGUAAUUUAUGCAAUGCUGGCUUUAAGUGGAAACAUGCACUGAAAAGUCAUAUGAUUGUUCAUUGCACAACUAAAGACCAUCUGUGUGACAUUUGUGGUUUUGCUACAGCUCAUAAAAGUAUGCUGAAAGCUCACAAAUUGAUCCAUUCGGGAAAUACAUACAAAUGCCAAUUUCAUAAUUGUACUUUCCAGGCCACAAAGAAACAGAAUUUGAAGUAUCAUAUGUUAACCCAUUCUGGAGAAAAGCCUCAUCAAUGUGAAAUUUGUGGUCAAAGUUUCUCGCUAGUUAAAAACAUGAAGAGACAUAAACUAAUGCAUUCAAGUCAUAAACCUAUUAAAUGU